AUGCAAUCGCUGCCGGACACAAGACAGCAAUCCUUCGAUGAGAUCUAUGGACCACCCGAGAACUUUCUGGAAAUUGAAGUCCGCAACCCGCGCACGCACGGUAUCGGGCGGCACAUGUACACCGACUACGAGAUCGUGUGCCGGACCAACAUCCCGGCCUUCAAGCUGCGGCAGUCGACGGUGCGGCGGCGGUAUUCUGACUUUGAGUACUUCCGCGACAUCCUCGAGCGCGAGAGCGCCCGCGUCACCAUCCCGCCGCUGCCCGGCAAGGUUUUUACUAACCGGUUCAGUGACGAUGUGAUUGAGGGCCGGCGGGCCGGGUUGGAGAAGUUUUUGAAGAUCGUUGUGGGACACCCGUUGUUGCAGACAGGGAGUAAAGUGCUGGCGGCGUUUGUGCAGGACCCUAACUGGGACCGCAACGCCUGGUGA